AUGGCCAUGUAUGCUUUGGCUGCUCAUCGAGCUCGCGACUGGAGAGUGCCUUUCAGAAGGCCAAUUUACAUGUUCUUACCAGAGCAGCAUUCGUGCUUUGGGCUUUGUCAUAGCCAACGAUCAGCUUCAAUCUACCAAUGGAUCUCAGCCAGCUUGCGGAUGGGCUCGCUGGCGGUGUGGGUCCUGAUGGUGCCGAACUUCCAUGACGAGCCGGUCAUCAACCUUAUCUCAGUCACAGUCGUCCCGCGGUCCAAGCCUGACCAAGUGGUGAGGUUGAGGCAACUAAAGCUGCUCCACGAUCGCCCUAUGGCUCAUGCAGAGCGACGUGAGACCUGGCCCCGGCAGCGUGGAAGGCUUGCUCAGCGUCUCCGCCACUGGCGGCCCAGUUGGCGCGUGUGGCGCCAUGUGGACGCCUUUCCAGGUGAAAAUCUCCAGACUUUUCGCUUGCCCUUGGGUUUCAAGACACCCAAAGCCCUUCAGCUCUGCAAGCACCACUGCCACGGCGACUCGGGCUUCGUGCUGGGCUUGGGCCCUUUGGGCCGCUGCGGCGUGGCGUACGUGCGGCCGAAGGCGCCGGCGGAGUUGCUGGAGAAGCGCAGGGCCUUAAAGGGCUCCUGGCUUUGUGUACGCUCCAAGGUCCCAAUGGAUCCGAAGGUGAUGGGAAACUGCCGGACCUUGGUGGUGAUUGCAUCUCAAGACGAGUUCAAGGAAACUUCUUAUUUCGAUCCCCACGUAGACGUGUCCAGCUCUGGGAAUGGCCGGAAGUUGGCGACUCACGCACUCCUGCGGAAUGUGCUGGAAGGCGCGCGAUCUGGGUGGACGCUGAUGGUGCUACUGAUUCUAGACUUUCAAGCACCUUUGGAGGAAGGGAGCUCGAAACUCCAGACGGCCUUCGAGCUGUCCAUUGAGGGUCCGGAGCUUUUACAAGUUCAGGUGCAGGGCUAUGGCCUGGUGGAAGCUUGGCGAGGUGACUUGGAGCAGCUCCUGGUGGCUGUGGCAGGAGACUUGCGCUGCGAGGUGGCGCUCUCCACAUCUUUGCGUCGCGACAUGCUCACGCUGCUGCAUGCAGUGACUGCACAGACCCAUGUGGCUAUGGGGCAUGACUACAAUCUGCCAAUCGGCCCCUGGGGGGUGCGAGAGGCGUCGAGUGAACUUCAUGACAGUCACGUGGAGCUCCUGCGGCGGACGCGGCUUUGUUGUACCUCACAACACCUGGCGGAAUACGUGACACGUUGGUCCGAGGGUCAAGUGGAGACUCGACUCUGUUAUUCGGCGGACUAUGGCUACUUUGAUCGCUUCUCCAACUCUGAAAGCUCCACCGGGCAGUUGGUGACCUUCAUCAGCCCUUGCCCGGCCAAAGGCCUUGCCAUCUUCCUCCGGGUGGCCCAUCAAUUGCCCUCCUUGCGCUUCCUAGCGGUCACCACCUUGUGGACCAAGUCCAUCCAUGUGGAAGCCUUGCGAAAGCUCCCCAACGUGGAGAUCCUGCCGGGGCGAACAUCGGUGGAGGACAUCUAUCGACGCACAGCAGUUCUUCUGGUGCCCUCCAUUUGGUCAGAGGCUUUUGGACUCGUGGCCGUUGAGGCUCAGCUCCUGGGUAUCCCUGUGGUCAGCAGUGAUCACUACGGACUCCGAGAGGCCAACUUCUGUGAGGAGCUCCGCGUCAGCGUCCGCCUGGUUCAGGACUUAAGGAUUCGCACUCUCCAUCGCGGCGCCAUUGACGAGCUCGAGCACACCUUGUCUCCCACCAGGCAUGAGCCUCCGCCCAGUGAGGAACGAAUGCGAGAUUUGGCAGAGAGUCAUCUGUACAUCGCCACGGAAGAGGAGGCCGCGGGCUUUACUCAUCGGGUGGAAAGCUUGAUGAAGGACGUCACAAGGAGAAAGGCGAAAGGAGAAGAGGCCAAGCGGCGAGCGGAAUCCUUUGUACAAGCUCGCAGCGGAGCCUUCUGGAGGAUUCUCGAAGAGCUGGCAAGCAAAAAGGUCUCCCCUUGGACCAGCACAUGGCAGCACAAAGUCGUGUUAAAUCAAGAGAUACACUCUGACUCACGAACAUGGUUACGUGGAUGGCAU